UCCGGAAAAAACUUUAUAUACGCAUGCAAUCAAGAUCAUUCAUUAAAAUUUUGGAAUACGAUUAUCGUCAUCAUAUAUACUCAGAAAUUAACAAAUUAAUAAACAGAAUUAUAUGUUUCAAGCACAACUUUUGAAAUCCGACUACUGAGUAAAGUUCUGUGACUGAUAAUUAGAGAAUGGCGGGUUCCAUAGCUGAUAUUCCACCGAUGGUUAUUGGAGGGAGUAUCAUUAGUGUCGUAUCAUUGAUUCUACACAUUGUAGGGUUUGCCACUACGUAUUGGUUUAGGGAUAACAAUGACAGUAACACCUUUAAUCACUUUGGAUUAUGGAAAUCUUGUCGAGUUUUUGGAGGGAACCAAAAGUGUGAUGACAUUAAAGAUCCUUUUGCCCGUCUCAAAGCCACUGAAGCACUGGAAUGUCUUGCACUAGCAGCCUUUUUAUCAGCGGUAGUAUGUGCAAUACUGAAGAUGUUUGUAUUAAAGAAUCAAAGAAUGCUGUUUGUUGUUACAGGCUUGCUGAACUUAUUGGCAGGUGGAUUUGCCUUGAUAGGAGUCAUAGUCUUCGCAACUAUAAAAUUACAUGGUCACUUUCACUACUCGUUUGGGUUAUGUAUUGUUGGUGGAAUCGGCGGAGUGUUCUCAGGCAUUGUAUUCAUCUUAGCAUGGCGAUGGGUGAAAGACUACGAAGGACUAUGAAGAUCCAACUGUAUUGAUGUUUUUCCUGUCAAUGAAAAAACAAAAUUACUUAAUGUAUACAUUUUUAUGUCACUGAAUGAAGUUAAUGGAAAGAAUGAAUGAUACAUGCGCAACAUAUUAUUAACAUUGCAUUUCUACGCUGAUAUUCACUUGUGACAGUUAUCUUAGUACUUUGUCCAGUUUCUUAGCAAGAUCUUUUUUUCCGUAUUACACUAGUUCGUCUUCAGAUAUUAUUUCUUUUUUUGGUAAACCGAAAUAUAUUUUGAUGAGGUGUCAACCAUGAAUCCAAUGACGAAUGGUAUUUUUACUUGUGUAUAUAACGAACUAUUUACUAAAUUAUUUUUGUAAUAACAUUACGCAAUGUAAAAGAAUAAGUGAUGGCUUUAGUAAUUUAAAACUACAAACUUGUUUUACUAAUGAAAUCAAUUCGGGUAAAAAUAAUUAAUGCAGUUUCAAUUAUGUAUCUAUAUGGCCUUUGUCCCCUUUGACAGGUAAACUCUUACAGGGAAAAUGUAGACUACCGGCUGUAAGGUAUAUUCUAAAUAAAUGGACCAAAAGAGAGGCGAAAGAUACCAAAAGGACAUUCAAACUCAUAAGUCGAAAAUAAACUGAUAACGUCAUGGCUAAAAAAGAAAACGACCAGCAGACAAAUAAUAGUACACAAAACACAACAUAGAAAACUAAAGAAAAAGUAAAAAUCACUAUCUUGGAUGUAUAUCAGUUCUUUUUAUUCAUUUAUGAUUAAAUUUAAUUUGUAAUGAAA